AUGAAAGUUCUAGAGGUCCAACAAACAAUAGGUAGAUGGGCGCCGUCAGAACGGAAGAAAUUCAUAGAAUGGCUAGCCAAAGAGCAGUCAAAAGAAUCCACAGAUUCUUCCGAUGAAUCAUUGGAUAAAUCCAAGCAUGCGACAGAUCUCUCAAAGGAGAAUCUUUUAGAUAAACAAGGUGCAGAGGUUACUAGUACCGAUCAGAGUAAUACAGGUAAUGGUGGGCUACUGCGCACCCCGCAGAAAGUUAUAUGUGAUAUUGUUCAUACAUUCAACGAGCUUCGUCAGACAACUUCGCUGGUAGGAGGUAAUUGUCAAUCUGAGUAUUUGCUGUGGCUUGAGAAAAUGAAAAGAUCAGCGGAAGAUCGAAAAGCAGAGAUGAUACGAUCUGAGAAGCAGCUAAAUGAUCAAUUCAUCAGCUCACUCGAGACAAUAAAGAAGAUAUUUCAGUUACUCUUGAACUGCAAUGUUUGUGAAAAUCAAGAAUCUACAAUGGAACUUCUUGGUGAUAAGAUACAACCAAUUAUGAGUGAGUUUUUGAAAGGAAAGCUGCAGAAGCUUCGAAAUUACUCCUCUGAUUCAUUGACCAUGUCGACGCUCAACGAACUUGCGAAAACAGACAUACUCAAAUUAGAGCCCAUUAUAGAAGAGAGCAUAUCCGAUUUAUCCAAGAAAUUACAAAAGUUCUAUCGGUUGCUGGACUUGGUGGGUGAAUGUAUGGCAGAUGAGUCAUUUUUGCACCUUCUUCCAUCAAAAGACGAGGUGCAAAGUUUGUCUGUAUUUAUCAAGGAUCCCGAUACUGUUAAGAUGAUUAUGAGUACAAAAUUCUCCAACGUAAAUUCAGAGUUGUUGAAUAAACUAGACGAUGAAAUUGAUGUUGUGGAGAGGCUGGCCUCUGAGCGAAUCAAUCAAGUGAAAGUGUUACAGACACAAGCACGCAGUCUCAGCGCUCAGUUAUUUAUUAGCAUUGAUGAUUUGGACACGACAGUUUACACCACAGAUGAGGAAUUUAAAGAACACAUAUCUUUAACAAAGGAGAGUAUACAACGGUACCAAGAUAAAGUGGCAGAACUUGACAGGUGUAGGGAGAAAAGACAGGAAAAGCUAGAUCUUUAUAUGAAGAGAGUGGGCGAUUUGUGGAGCAUUCUCAGAUCUGACGAUAGUUCGAUUCAAAAGUUUCUUAAGGAAAACAAGAACUUGAAGGAGGAGUCGUUGAUAAAAUUUGAAGACCUACUCAAGCAAUUGGAGCAGGAAAAAAGGGACAAUAUGGCCAAGUUUAUACAGGCAAGCCAAGAAAGAGUGAAGGGUUAUUGGGACCUGUUGAUGUACGAUGAAAAUGAACGAAGAACCUUUAAGGAGUAUUAUGUGGAAGACACUGAUCAGUUUGAUAAUAAAUUAUUGAAUUCCUAUUCGGCUGAGAUUGAGAAGCUUCGGAAAGAAGCUGAAAAUUUGAAGCCACUUAUACAGAAUAUUUCUCUAUUGGACAAACUUCUUGAGGAUAAGCAUCAAGUGGAUGAAUCUUCAAAGGAUCCAAGCAGAUUGCUUAGACGCGAUUCGUUUAAAAUUCUAAGAAGAGAGGAGAAGACAAGAACAAGGCUUGGUAAACUGCUUCCUGUCACCAUUGAUAAAAUCAAGAAAGGAUUAACCGAAUACAGCGCGCAGGGAGGCCGCAUCAUAAAGGUGAAUGGGGAACCAUACAUCGAAAGAAUCAAAGAGAUCGAACAGACGGUGAUUCAUAGAAGACCUCGAAUGCGUGCAAGAUCUCAGAGGAUAAAUAAACAAGUUAUACAGCCUUCCAAAGGAAGAGUGAGAACAAGAAGCUUGAGAACAACCAGCGAGCCUUACCGAUCCAUCCAUGCUACGCCUGCGCACUCUAUCAUUCGCCACCGCAGCACAAGUGAAAUGACUAAUCCGUUUCUAUCUCGAGAAAACACACCUCACAAACGGGCCAAGCUGAACGAUGGAUCUCACUCAAGCAAUUUCCAGCUCGAAAAGCGGCUUGGCUCACCUAUAGUGUUCUCUGAUCGUUUCGAUGAAAGUACUGGUAAUCGGAGAACAGAUUCAAUACAAUCUUUAAACAUCAGUGGCAGCACUACAGUUUCAAACAAACCAAUCGUCAUCAAGGGUGGCUCUCCUGUGAGACAUCUUGACUAUUCCACCGCUUCCAAAACCCAGGUCAACCAGAAUUUUAUGAGUAUGCCGAAAUUACGUCUUUCUUUGACACCGCAUUCGCAGGCGGGUUCUGAAAGUCUUGUACCUGUCUCUUUGGAUCAUCACACUAACCUAUCGGUGAAUAAGAAGUUUCGUUAUCCUACUUCUUCUCACGGUUUACUGCAGAACGGACCUAACAUUUCAGUGCCUGCCACUAUGGCGUGUGAGAAAGGUAUUUCUAGAAAGAGAGUUGCCUCGUACCAGAUGCAGCCCGUUGAAGAGUUGAGCGAUUCCCUAAUAUAUUUUAGCGAGUCUGAGACUCCGGUACUGGAAGAUAAAGAAAACCAACCUCCACAAGUGGUGGAUGCUGGAAACCUUAAGCAGCUUUUCUCUUCAAUAUCAGCUGUGAAACCAUCGAUUAGCUGGGAAACUGAUACCUUUUAA